AUGUCAGGUGCACGCAUAUCUAUAUGGAAGGGAUGGACUGUAUUGUUUCCUCUCCCUGAACUUCCACUGGGGUCUUCCAUUGAUGCAAUCGAAUGGAAAUACCACACAAUCAACAAAACAAUCUUACUGGCCAAGAUAAAUCUAAAGAAGGAACAGGAAUCACGAAUUUUCAGCAAGAGGACUGGAAUGCAAAUAAUGGAGAAUGGUACACUUCACAUUGAAGAUGUAAAAGAUGAAGACUCUGGGAACUACUCUUGCACCAUCAUUUUCCAUGAUCAAAGGAUGUGGAUGGAGCAGAUUUAUCUUGAAGUACUUCAUGCUAAAGACUUGACGACUGAACCGAACAGCAAAAUGUACACCACAACAUUUAAACCAUCAGAGCCCAGUGUUACUGAAACAGCAUUAAUUGCAAUACCAGUGUGCUCAGCACUCGCAAUCCUCUUAAUUGUAGCCACUAUUUUCAUCUUUAAAUGUAGGAAAAAGUGUUGCUGCACAUCAGACGAACCCAUUUACGGCAAUAAGAUGGUCAUAAUUCAAGGAAAUAAAAGGUCACAGGUGGGCAGAAGGACUCCAGAUAAUAAAACCAGAGAAAGACCCUCUAAUUAGCAAAGAGCUAAAAACCCAGGAUGCUGCUGCAGCAAAUAAACUACCUUGGUUUUCCUCAGAAACAAAUGUAUAGGUGCUAAAGUGACGAUGACAUGGUUUUGUAGGCCAUCCUGGAGGUUCACAUCACCCUGAUUCCCUUGACAACAGGCCAAUAGGAUUUUUUCAUUGGUUUUGGAUAAUUGCAGAAAAUAAGAUCUGUGAUUCUUACACAUUUUGUUGAAGCCUAAAUACAAUCGGUACAAGUUAAAAGCUAAACAUAAGCUAUAAAUGAACUAUACCAUGAUCACAUGACUUCAACGUUACGACCAUUAAGCU